AUGCGGGGAUGUGGGUCUACAGUUGUAGACUACUAUCUCCAUUACCUGUAUGUCUAUCACUCUGUCUCCGUCCGUCCGUUCGCUUAUCUAUUUCUUUCCCUCUCUGUCGAAGCAUGCAAUUCAAACCAUGUGGAACACAACGGAUCCUGCUAUUACUUCUCGACCAGUGUGGCCAACCACUCCGACGCAAACCAAUCGUGCCAUGACAUCGGCCUCUACUUGGUUGCCAUAGAAACUCCUGAGGAACAGGACUUUGUAGUGGACAAUCUACUGAACCCCGACGUUAACCACUGGAUAGGGUUAACUGCUGAUGGUAGCGGAAACCAAGUGUGGUCGGACAGUACGAAUGUGACAUAUAGUAACUAUGGCAUGGAUGAAGUUAACGUAUUUGAUGAUGGAGGUCUUUGUUUCAGAAUACGACCAUCAAACAAUUACACUUGGUAUGACCAGAUUUGCUCUAACCUAUAUCGCUACAUCUGCGAAAGGAAAACCAUGUGCCCAGAUACGUCUGCAGAAACCCCUACUACCACACUUUAUACAGGAACAUCAUCGAUAGACCCAAUCUCAAUUCUUUCAUCUGAUGCAACUCAGACGAUCCAAAAUAUGGACACAUCUGCAUCCUUACAUGACAAUACGGGUGCUUCUUCUGUGACUUCAGCCAAUAUGUCAACAUUCGCGCCAUUGGAGACGACAGAUGGUUUUAUCUAUGAUACAAACAACGCAACCAUGGCGACACCCCCAUUGUCCUCCUCCACACCAACAUCAACUGCACCACGAUCAUCUUCAUCACUUCCAUCAUCAUCUUGGACCACAGACGGUGGCUUUACCUCUAAAUCUUAUCUACUUACAAGCAAGAUGACAGCCGCACCUACUACACAUUUCACAACCACUUGUCAUGGCAAACGUGAAUACACGAGAAGCACAAAUUUCAGACUACUAGCCAGCAAUUCAACGAUCAACGCUGACUAUAUUCAUUCAUCAUAUUCUGUAUCGUCACACAUCGGAUGUGCCCAACAAUGCCUCGCAAACGUCAUGUGCACGGCUUUUGCAUUUCUUCCAACUGAAAGAUUGUGCUUGCUAGGUGAAAGAGGUGGGACAUCAUCACGCUUCAAGAGACACCUUGGGGCUACAACUUAUUUGAUGGUUUCUGUCUAAGGAUGAAAAUAUAAUACAAUGCAAGUCAAGAUGUUUGCAUUUUACUGCUGUAUAUCGAGUAGAGUUCAAUUAUUUUCAUAGCUAGCUGCUACCUCAGU